AUGGAAGCUACCGUGCAAGCUACAAGAAGGCCAGCCUCAGUGGCUUUCCGCAUCCACCCCCUCUACCGCAUCUUCUUCCUCGUUCUCGAGCCCAUCUCCGCCCUAGUCGGCGCCUUCUACACGCACUUCCGCCAAGAAACAUACCUCUCUCUGCUCAACGCCGCCUCAGCACCCACCCAAGCGCCAAAAGCCACUUCCGUCGCCAUGUCGCAGUUGUCCAACAUGUACAUGUUCUUCGCGCUCAACGAGGCUCUGGUUUUGCGGUCUACGCCUGAUUUGAGGGUUUGGAAGACGGUGCUGCUCGUGCUUCUUAUCGCGGAUGUGGGACACUUGUUUUCGAUGAGUGAGCUUGGUUCGUCGAUUUAUUGGGAUUUUAGGGCGUGGAAUGCUAGUGACUGGGGAAAUGUCCCUUGGGUUUAUGGUGGGAUGCUUAUGAGGAUUUGUUUCUUGAUGGGAAUUGGGUUGGGAGAGUCCAAGGUUUUGAAGAGGAAGGUUUAG